AUGCCAUUAAAGUCGCCUGAAAUUUCAACGAUUUUGACGCCAACAGUGUUAAUAAAAUGUGUGUUCUUGUCAAUAGGGCCGAACGUUUCGAUGCAGACAGGGAUAAAAAUUUUUGUAUCAUUCUUCAAUUCCUUAUAUUUGUUAUUUUUAAAAUCAGCUGCUUUUAUGGCAGCCGACCCUGAUUCUAUAGAUCAGUAUGACGAGCCUGCCUGCCUGAGCCGAGCUUACAUGAAAGUUCGUUUUAACCCAGCGGACAAACAUUUGUCCCACACAGGCAUGUAUAUUUGGAAAGCAAUUGGCAAACCAUGCCUCAACCCCAAACUCAAUCUGAUUGACGCAGCGUCUAGCUUUAUACCACAGGCAGUAAUUGGUAUUGCUCUCAGCCAUGCUAAGUUUAUUUCGCUCUUUACCGCCAUCAACCUGGCUUUAUUCUGUGGAGAAUUGCUGGAAUUCUCUAACGAGGAAACUAUUUCAACAAGAUGUGGUCCAUUCCAUUUUUUCUGGGAGCACACAUCAAUGCUAACUGUAUCACCGUACAUGGAGUGCCAAUUUGCUUAUGUUUCCAGUCUCAACUGA